AUGUGCAAGACUCAAAGCAUUGCUCACAUCUGUGGGCACACAGUCACCUUUCGUCUCAGCAUCUGCGCUGCGAGCUUCCAAUUCCAAACGCCAAAGUCGGAAGUGAAAGCCAAGUGCUGUGCGUCGCCAGACAUCACCUUGCACUUUCUCCAUCCAUGCGGGCCGUGUGAGCGGAUCAGAGCACAAGAGCGAGUCACGGCGGAGCUCGCUCUCAUCGAAGCGAAAUUCCCGAGCUCAAGUUGGGCGGUCCCGUCUGAGCUUGAGGCUGCGCGAGCUCAAGCAGACCAUGAGCUAUGGGCUGAUUUCAGGAAAUUUCCAGACAGCAAGUUCAAGUCUAAGAGACUUUCAAAGCCUGAGCGGGGUUGGAAAACGGCCACAGAUCCCAAAGGAAGCUUAUUGCGUACGGAGGUGAAACCUGGUGAUGUUCUGGAUGAGUGGGGAGGAGCAAUAUCAUUGUCGGAUGAGAUUGCCAGCAUCGAAGCAGAGAGAGCUGCGGAUGGAAUGCCUCCACUUGCCCCUCUGACUUCUGUUUUCGAAGACGAUAACGAUUGGGGAAACAUUGCAGAGCUGGGAGUGUGCGAGCCCGCCAUCCCGACGAGUCGGGAGUAUGUCUCGACACGUCCAGCUGCCAUGGGGAAAAGUGAAGGUCAAGACAACAAGACAAAAAGCGACCUAUAUGCUACUUUCCAACCUCCUCAUCUAAGGCAUCGUCGGCGCCUGCAGGAGAGAGCACAGCAAGUUCURCACGACACGUCGUCGAUCAACGGCAAGAAGGUAGCCUCCGAGGCUACAAACAUGAUCCGCCGCUUGGCAACGCCGUUCAUGUGA